AUGCCGAUCCAAAGCAGCAAGGUGGCAGAUGAGGGCACUGCGAACUCAGCCAGGGACAGGGAGGAGUGCAGGGCGCUGGUGGACUCGCUCAGCAAAGUGACCGGCUGCUACAGGCACCUGGCCACCGGGCUCGGGGGCUCGGCGGACUGCAGCAACCUGAGGGACGAGCUGAGGUUAACCCGGGAGAAGAGCCAGGAGGUGGCCGGGCUCCUCCGGAACAAACUGACGGCGGUGCUCCGGGACAAGGCGCUGGGCAAGGAGGAGCGAGCCGAGAUGGAGCGCCUCUGGGUCAUCUUCUCCUCCAACCUGGAGAGCUUUCAGAUGGACAUGUGCAAGGUGUUGGAGCUGGGCCAGGGCUUCCCCCUGUCGGGCAGCGAGAAGCCCCUGAUCCAGACCGGGGUGUCCGGGGGAACCUCCGGGGUGGCAGCCCGGGCUCUGAGCGUCCAGAAUCUAGCCCAGGACACCGCGCUGAAUGUGGAGAGGCUGGAGCUGCAGGAGCUGCAGGAGCACAUCGACAAGGUGGACGAGAUGAUGGAGAACAUGGAGAUGAAAGUCAACGUGCUGAGGUGGACGGUGGAAGCAAAGGGAGACGCGUACCACUCGGUGCUGAGCACAGACGCCUCCUCGAUGGCCCUGCUGUCAGAGGAGGGGGAGACGCGGCGCCACGGCCGGUGUUGUGACCGUGAGAAGUGUCUUAUGUCGGUGCUGUUCUGCACAGUGGCUCUGAUAGCUGUGGGCUUGUCAGUGUGUGUGGUGAACCUUUCAUGA